UUGCUCUGAACAUGGAAUCGCUCAUAGGAAGAUUGGCAAGCUUGUCGUUGCUACAGGAUCAUCUGAUAUACCGAAGCUGGAUCUGUUGAUGCAUCUUGGAACUCAGAAUGGAGUUUCGGGUUUAAGGAUGUUGGAAGGUUUUGAAGCGAUGAGGAUGGAGCCGGAGCUUCGAUGUGUUAAAGCAUUGCUGUCUCCUGAGUCUGGGAUUGUGGAUACGCAUUCCUUCAUGCUAUCUUUAGUGGGGUAACUAACUACAGGGACAAGCAGAGAACAGUCACGCAACGUUCUCAUACAAUACAGUGGUUUUAAGCGGUCGUGUUGAAGAAGAGAAGAUGCAUUUGUUUGUUGCUGAAACUGGAUCGGUUGAGUCUCGGUGUGAGGGAGUAGUAGCUGAGCUUGAGCUGAUACCUAACCUCGUUGUUAACUCCGCGGGGUUAGGUGCUCAAGCUCUGGCAAAGAGAUUCCAUGGGUUAGGUCAUCGGUUCAUUCCUUCGUCUCACUAUGCUCGUGGAUGCUACUUUACGCUGUCCGGUGCUAAGUCUCCUCCUUUUGAUAAACUUGUGUAUCCUAUACCUGAGGAAGGAGGUCUUGGUGUUCAUGUCACUGUUGAUUUGAAUGGGCUUGUGAAGUUUGGUCCUGAUGUUGAGUGGAUUGAAUGCAGAAACGACACAUCAAGCUUCCUCAACAAAUUUGACUAUGGUGUAAAUCCACAACGAGCUGAGAGAUUCUACCCAGAGAUCAGAAAGUACUACCCGAAGAUGGAUCGUUGGAACCUGGUUGCUCAGGCAUCCGUCCCAAGAUUACCGGACCGGGACAGAAGGCAGCAGACUUUAUCAUACAGGGAGAGGAGACUCAUGGAGUUCCUGGUCUUGUGACUCUCUUUGGCAUCGAGUCGCCUGGUUUGACUUGAAGCUUGGCUAUUGCAGAACAUUUAGCCAACAAGUUCUUAUGAUGAAAGUGUAAGCUAAUGUCUACAUUUGAGAACAAAGCUGGCCCAUAAGUAUAAGGCUUGGCAAAUUCAAACAGUUUUCCUCUCUGUGAUUCAUUUUUCAGACUGUCAACAAAGUGAUAUUUUCAAUUCUUAUACUCCAGAAAAAGAUUGUUGUUGCAACUAAAAUAACUAAGAAUGUUCUUAAGAAACUUAACAGAAUUGCUCCAAGUCAAGAAUGUACAAAGAAACAAACUGUUUUCCUCUCUUUUUUUUUUAUAAGCAAACCGAC